GUAGUUCGUAACACGGACUGCCCACUUUUUUCUCAACAAGCGACGAAAAAAAAAGUUGAUAGUCGAAGCCCCCGCGAAUGGAUUCUGUUGUCUAAUUUCAUCUCGUAGAAGGAUUUGCUUGUUUUUAAUUUAAAAAAAAAGGGACGUUUGCGCUCCGAAUGAAGCCUUUGAGAUAUGCCAGUGGAAAUGCUUCAUCCUGACCCGAAGCCUCCGUAGGUUGUCCGCCGACAGCCAGCCAAGUCUAUACCGUCUCUGCUGCCGUCGACUCCCCUGAGACACUGCGCGUCAACACCCGGUCGUGGACACACCCCUCCGACUAUUAGUCCAACGGUGGCGAGCACCCGUCCCGGCCCCAGCGAUGUGGAUCUGCAUGGUUUACAAUGAGACGGAAAGCAGCGUGGACUUCCGCCUCUGCCAGGACUUCGGCCUGAUCCUGUCCGUGCUGUCUCUGGUCUACCUCCUGGUGUGCUUCCCGGUGGGCGUGUGCUACAACGUGCUGCUGGUUGCCGUCAACCUGUCCAACAAGGUGUCCAUGACCAUGCCGGACGUCUACUUCGUCAACAUGGCCAUCGCCGGCCUGGUGCUCAACGUGGUGGCGCCCGUGGAGCUGCUGAGCUCCACCUUCACCCGCUGGCACGCGUGGGAGUACACCAACGAGGUUUACAUCACGCUGCUCAUCCUCUUCAACAUCUCCUCGCUGGUCAUCAUGUACUCCACCACCUUGCUCAGCCUGGACUACUACAUCGAGCGCGCCCUGCCGCGCACGUACAUGUCCAGCGUGUACAACACCAAGCACGUUUGCGGCUUCAUCUGGGGCGGCGCCGUGCUCACCAGCUUCUCCUCGCUGCUCUUCUACGUGUGCAACCACAUCUCCACCAAGAUGGUGGAGUGCUCCAAGAUGCAGAACAAGGAGGCGGCCGACGCCAUCAUGAUGUUCAUAGGCUACGUGGUGCCGGCCGUGGCGGUGCUCUACGCCUUCGUGCUCAUCCUGCGCAUCCGGAAGGAGUCGACGCCUCUGGACCAGGACUCGGCCCGCUUGGACCCGUCCAUCCACAGACUGCUGCUGGCCUCGGUGUGCGUGCAGUUCUUACUGUGGAGUCCCUACUACGUGACGCUGCUGGUGCACACGGUGGCCGGCGCCCCCGGCUACGUCAGCAGCUCGCAUUACUUCCCCACCUACUACUUCCUGAGGUGCAUGUCCAAGCUGAUGGCGUUCUCCAGCAGCUUCGCCAUGCCACUCAUGUACCGCCAGAUGAACAAGAACUUCUCCAACAAGCUACAGCGGCUCCUCAUGAGGCUCCGCUGCCGGGACCAGUCCUGCCCCCACGAACGCUCCACAGUGCAGCGAGUGGUCACGUGAAGCCCCUGCUUUUUUUUUUUUUUUUUCUUCCGGCACUUAUCCCCCCCUUGUCCUCGCCCCCUCUACCACCCUCCAGAGCCAGUAUCUUGCUUCCGCCGCGCCCUCGCCGCUCUGGACUGCGUUAAAGCGCGACAUAGCAAACUGUGGAAUUUCCUGUCACCUUCCGGAGCGAGAUCCGACGGAUCAGUUCUGCAGAGCGAGAAGGAAAACCACUAAGUGCUGACAUUCUUUGCGUGUGUGACCAAGAGAAGCGCUCCACUCACUUGGCUUCUUGUUGUCGUGUGCGGUGACUUAGCACCUACUCUAGCUCGUAGCUCUUGACCAUUGCAGUGGCCUGAAUCCUGGCAAUGUGACGAACGCAAUGGCUGAAUUUUGCCGUACAUUCAUUAAGCUACUCUUAUGUAAACAACAGCUUCCCAAAUGUUUAGCGAGAGAACGCAUCGGAAUAUUAGACGCUGCACCAUCAACAGAACGUUGAACAGACUAUGAAAUGAAGUCAAACGUUAGCUACAUUCACAAAGCACUUUGUGUACCAGAUAAGGUUCUCAGCCUUUAAGUACGUCACACUUGAAGGCAUCUUCUUGAAAGCUCCACUUGCAGAACCUGUACCCUUCUGCCAUAACUCAGCCGUUACGUUGAAGUAGAUGAAUCCACCCUCAGGGUACAAUGGAACCUAUUUAGUCUAACACAACAACACAUGAAUGAAUGUCCCAUCACAGAAUCAACAUAAAUCCACAGGAACCUUUAAUAAGUUAACUACAUUAGGUAAAACUAAAAUAAAGUAAGACGACGCCAAAUGGAAAUGUAUGACAGGAAUCGCAUAGAAUUCCACCAUAAAGUUUAGAUCAGGGGUAGGGAACCUAUGGCUCCGGAGCCGGAUGUGGCUCUUUUGAUGACUGCAUCUGGCUCUCAGAUCUUAACUGACAUUGCUUAACAUGAUAAGUAAUUAAUAAUUUGUUAAAAAUAACCAUGUAUCAACCAGACUACAAAGCCAUCAGCAAAAACAUGCAGCACCAGAAGUUGGUGGUUAGCUUCAGAAUAACCAUGUUAUUAAAAUUAAUAACAUACUUAUUAUACUCUAAAAGUGUUGGUCUUACUUAAAAAUGCAGGCAUUUAGUUGUAUUCAGUAUUAAACAAUAUUAUAUGGCUCUCACGGAAAUAUAUUUUUAUAUUCAUGGCUCUCUAAGCCAAAAACAUUCCCGACCCCUGGCCUAGAUUAUUGUCACAGAACAUUUAUCCCCUUCCAAACCCCAAAAAAUUAGACGUCGUCUCUGAUUUUGGAGCAUUUACGUACAAUAUAAGUGACCGAUGUUCCACAUGGAUUGUUCCAACUCCGACAAAGUUCAAUCCAAUCAAUCCAAUCCACUUUAUUUGUAUAGCACAUUUAAAAACACAGAAAUGUUUCCAAAGUGCUGCACAACAAUAUUAAAAACAAUAUUCAAAUAUUAUUCUUAGCUCCACUAAUGACUGAAUAAAAAACAAACAAAAAAAAUAAAUUUAAAAAUAAACAUGAUUAAAAACUAUUUUAAAGGAUAUAACCAAUUAAAACAAUAAAUAGAAAUCAAAAUUUUAAAUACACAGAGGACCACACAACUCACGUAGUGUUAAAAUCCAAAGAAUAAAAGUGGGUCUUAAGACGAGACUUAAAACACUCCACUGUGGGACAAUUUCGAACAUGGCAGGCACAAAGUGUUCCAGAGCUUAGGGCCGACCUCAGAGAAGGCCCUGUCUCUCCUGGUUUUAAGUCUCGUCUUGGGCGCCGCGAGCUGAAGAUCUGGAUGUCGAUUCCCUCGCCAUUGUCCACUACUCCGUUACACAAAAUGCUAAAUUAGCAAGUUCGCAAGAGUAGCGGUCGCAAUCAAACCACUCUUGAGGUACGGCACUGGACUACAAUAAUCCUCUGGUUGACUUUCAGGUUUAAAACUGUCGCCAUCUUAAAAGCAAUGUUCAAGUUUAUCAGAGUGCAUUUAAUAAUUCCUGAUUUUAACAAAAAAAACACGAUUUAGCAAGACUAAAAUAAGGUAAAACUACUCCUUGUGCCCCCCCAAAAAAUAUAUUCCCAUUUGAAUCACAAUUCUUAUUUAUCCCGAUUCUAAACUGAUUCAUAAUUUUCAAAAAUCGUUCUGAAAAAAUGUAUUUAUUUAUUGUUUUACUUUUUAUUAAAUAUUUUUAUAAGGAUCAGUUUUGAAUAACAAGUCUUUAAACCAUUCCUUGCAACCAGAAGGAGCUUUUAUAACCUGUAACCUGUUUCGAAAAAAGCUACAUUGAAUUUUAUACCAAAUAAUUGCUCGGAUCAACGUGACGUCACGUCCGGCUCACGUUCGGCUCAUUAAAUAUGCGUGGUGGUCAAGCCAGCGUCUGUUCUCAAUGAGUCCUAGCACUACGAAGAAAAAUGCCCUAUGCUUGCGAUAUUUUCAGCUGACCGUUCAAAUCGCGAAGAGGAUGAACGUUUUUUUUUCGGAAACUCUGAAGAAGCAAGAUUUUAGUUUCACGCACUUCAGUCUGAGGGAGCAGAGUCGAAAAAUGCACGAGUUUGCAGUAAUCACUUGGGCACUACAUGAUUCGAUUUGAUUCUUGGGGGGGUAACGAUUCACUGUAGGGCUGGGCCGUAUGGCCUUUUCUUAAUAUCCCGAUAUUUUUAGGCCAUGUCACGAUACACCAUAUAUAUCUCCAUAUUUUACCUUAGCCUUGAAUGAACACUUGAUGCAUAUAAUCACAGCAGUAUGAUGAUUCUAUGUGUCUACAUUAAAUAUUCGUCUUCAUGCUGCAUUAAUACAUGCUCAUUUUAAACUUUCAUGCAGACAGGGAAAUCACAACUAAGUCAAUUGACCAAAACUGUAUUUAUUAAACAGUUAUUAAGCAGUGUCAUGUCAUUUCAAAACAAGUGCAAGAUCGUCAGAGACAUUUUAAAAACAAGCUAUUAGUGCACUUUUGUGCAUGAUGUCACUAAGUGACAUUACAAAACAACACUAAAUUAAAGUGCACUUUUUGUACAGAACGCCACUACAAUAGUUAAAACAAAGUGCACUUUUGUGCAUGAUGUCACACAAGAUAAUCGAUCACACAAGAUCGAUUCUGAAUUGCGUCGUCACCCCAGGAAUCGUAACCGGGUCCAAUCGUUAGGUUCCCAAAGAUUCUCAUCCCUAACGGACACAAAAUGAGGAUCGGAAUGUGACAUGUUUUUACCUAGUGAUAUUUUUAGUUACUGCAGGAAUGAAUCAACACUUUGAAAGUACUUCUGUAUUUUAAAACCUGAACACCUGAUUUGAACACCCACGCGCUGACGACGGCCCCAGACAAAACCGUUUACCUCAUUACCCGGGAAAUCAUUAAAUCCAAAUCCCAAGAAUUUUGGCUGGAGUCUCACCUCUUCAGAUUAGUACAGCUAUAAUUUUCUUUGCCACUGAGGCUGCCCUGAAGGGGAGGCGUUCAGGAACGCUAGGAACAUUCACACUUUGUCAUUACUGAGGUUUGAAUCUUCCCUGCAAACUUAGCAGACUUGAGCACUUGGAGUUUUGUAUUCACCUUUUUAUGGAUUGGAAUUAGAGAUGUCCGAUAAUAUCGGGCUGCCGAUAUUAUUGGCCGAUAAAUGCUUUAAAAUGUAAUGAUUGGGGGCUUCACGGUGGCAGAGGGGUUAGUGUGUCUGCCUCACAAUACGAAGGUCCUGCAGUCCUGGGUUCAAAUCCAGGCUCGGGAUCUUUCUGUGUGGAGUUUGCAUGUUCUCCCCGUGAAUGCGUGGGUUCCCUCCGGGUACUCCGGCUUCCUCCCACUUCCAAAGACAUGCACCUGGGGAUAGGUUGAUUGGCAACACUAAAUUGGCCCUAGUGUGUGAAUGUUGUCUGUCUAUCUGUGUUGGCCCUGCGAUGAGGUGGCGACUUGUCUAGGGUGUACCCAGCCUUCCGCCCGAUUGUAGCUGAGAUAGGCGCCAGCGCCCCCCGCGUCCCCGGAAGGGAAUAAGCGGUAGAAAAUGGAUGGAUGUAAUGAUUGGUUUCAAAAAAUAAAAUUAAUGUCUUUUUAAAACGCCGCUGUACGGAUUGGUACACGGACGUAGGGAGAAGUAAAGAGCGCCGAUAAACCUUAAAGCCACAGCCCAGUCACAUAAUACCUAUGGUUUUCACACACUCAAGUGAAUGCAAGGCAUACUUGGUCAACAGCCAUACAGGUCACACUGAGGGUGGCCGUUUAAACAACUUUAACACUGUUACAAAUACGCGCCACACUGUGAACCCACACCAAACAAGAAUGACAAACACAUUUCGGGAGAACAUCCGCACCGUAACACAACAUAAACACAGCAGAACAAAUACCCAGCACUAACCCUCAGGGGACGCAACAAUAUACAGACCUAGUCCCUCCCAACCCUACCCACCUCAACCUCCAAAUUCCAAGCUGCUUUUUUGAGGCAUGUUAAAAAAAAUAUCACACUUUGUGACUUCAAUAAUAAAUAUGGCAGUGCCAUGUUGGCAUUGUUUCCCCCAUAACUUGAGUUGAUUUAUUUUGGAAAACCUUGUUACAUUGUUUAAUGCAUCCAGCGGGGCAUCACAACAAAAUUAGGCAAAAUAAUGUGUUCAUUCCACCACUGUGUCGGUUGAUAUCGGAAUUGGUAAUUAAGAGUUGGAGAAUAUCGUGAUAUCGGCAAAAAAAAAAAAACCCAUUAUCGGACAUCUCUAAUUGGAAUGUAUAUGUAUAUUGUAUUCCCUCAAGUAGUGGCCAAGUCAGAAAUGUUAUUAUACCGGUUUAGCUUGGUUGGUAGAGUUGCCGUGCCAGCAACUUGAGGGUUGCAGGUUCGAUUCCCGCUUCUGCCAACCUAGUCACUGCCGUUGUGUCCUUGGGCAAGACACUUUACCCACCUGCUCCCAGUGCCACCCACACUGGUUUGAAUGUAACUUAGAUAUUGGGUUUCACUAUGUAAAGCGCUUUGAGUCACUAGAGAAAAAGCGCUAUAUAAAUAUAAUUCACUUCACUUCACUUAUAGCAUUCUUUAGGACAGGGGUAGGGAAUUUAUGGCUCUGGAGCCAGAUGUGUUUCUUUUGAUGACUCCAUCUGGCUCUCAGGUAAAUCUUUGCUGACAUUGUUUAACACGAUAAGUAAUGAAUAAUUCCACCGGUAAUAUAAAACAAUCUCACGCAUUAUUAAUACAUCCAUUUGUUUCUACCGCAGCUGUUCAAUUGAUUAGCUUCAGAAUAACAAUGUUAUUAAAAAGAACAAGAGACUUAUUAUACUCUAAAAAUGUUAGUCUUACUUAAAAAUGCACGCAUUUAGUUGUGUUCGGUAUUGAAAAAUAUUAUAUGGCUCUAACAGAAAUAUAUUUUAAAAUGGGGGUCACCAACCUUUUUGAAACCAAGAGCUACUUCUUGGGUACUGAUUAAUGCGAAGGGCUACCAGUUUGAUACACACUUAAAUAAAUUGCCAGAAAUAGCCAAUUUGCUCAAUUUACCUUUAUUAAAUAAAUCUAUAUAUAUUAAAAAAAAUGUCAGUCAUUCCGUCGUACAUUUUUUUCCCUUUUACGGAAGGUUUUUUGUAGAGAAUAAAUGAUGAAAAAAAACACUUAAUUGAAUGGUUUAAAAUUGGAGAAAACACGAAAAAAAUUAAAAUUAAAUUUUGAAACAUAGUUUAUCUUCAAUUUCGACUCUUUAAAAUUCAAAAUUCAACCGAAAAAAAGAAGACAAAAACUACCUAGUUCGAAUCUUAAAAAAAAUAAUUUAUGGAACAUCAUUAUUAAUUUUUCCUGAUUAAGAUUAAUUUUAGAAUUUUGAUGACAUGUUUUGAAUAGGUUAAAAUCCAAUCUGACCUUUGUUAGACUAUAUAAAAAAUUUUACCUAGCUAUAGUUCUAACAAAGACAAAUCAUUAUUUCUUCUAGAUUUUCCAGAACAAAUAUUUUAAAAGAAAUUCAAAAGACUUUGGAAUUAGAUUUAAAUUUGAUUCUACAGAUUUUCUAGAUUUGUCGGAAUAAUUUUUAAAAUUUUAAUCAUAAUAAGUUUGAAGAAAUAUUUUUUCUUUGAAAAAACAAGCUAAAAUGAAGAAUUCAAUUAAAAUGUAUUUAUUAUUCUUUACAAUAAAAAAUAAAUGUACUUGAACAUUGCUUUAAAUUGUCAGGAAAGAAGAGGAAAUCAUUUAAAUGGACAAAAGGUAUAUGUGUUUAAAAAUCCUAAAAUCAUUUUUAAAGUUGUAUUUUUUCUCUAAAAUUGCGUCUGCCUCACAAUACGAAGCUCCUGCAGUCCCGACUUGUCCAGGGUGUACCCCGCCUUCCGCCCGAUUGUAGCUGAGAUAGGCGCCAGCGCCCCCCGCGACCCCAAAAGGGAAUAAGCGGUAGAAAAUGGAUGGAUGGAUGUCUUUCUGAAAGUUAUAAGAAGCAAAGUAAAAAAAUGUAUGAAUUUAUUUUAUACAAGUGAAGACCAAGUAUUUCAAAGAUUUUCUUGGAUUUUCAAAUUCUAUUUGAGUUUUGUCUCAGAAUUAAAAAUGUCGAGCAAAGCGAGACCAGCUUCCUAGUAAAUAAAUACAAUUUUAAAAAUAGAGGCAGCUCACUGGUAAGUGCUGCUAUGUGGGGCGGUAUAGCUCAGUUGGUAGAGUGGCCGUGCCAGCAACUUGAGGGUUGCAGGUUCGAUUCCCGCUUCCGCCAUCCUAGUCACUGCCGUUGUGUCCUUGGGCAAGACACUUUACCCACCUGCUCCCAGUGCCACCCACACUGGUUUAAAUGUAACUUAGAUAUUGGGUUUCACUAUGUAAAGCGCUUUGAGUCACUAGAGAAAAGCGCUAUAUAAAUAUAAUUCACUUCACUAUUCGAGCUAUUUCUAGAACAAGCCAGCGGGCGACUCAUCUGGUCCUUACAGGCUACCGCGGGCACCAUGUUGGUGACCCCUGUUUUAAAAGCUCUCUGUUAAAAAGGUUCCCGACCCCUGCUUUAGCAACAGAGGCCACUAAUUGACUUAAUACAGUACUUUUUUUUUUUAAUUUAAUUUUAAAGUACCCACACGAUGCUGCUGCCCCUUGUCACCUGUGUGCAAUUGUGCACCUAAAAAAAAAAAGUCCCCGUGUUGGCUCCUCUUAAACUAUAUCACAAUCAGUCAUUUGACUUUUAGAAGAUACUUUGUUUAAAACGCCUCGGACAUAUCAUAACAUUUGUUAUUUCCACUCCCCCCCUCCCACCAUGAAACGGUCAACACGCCAUGUUGUUGCAGUGCCAUCUGUUGGGAGAAACAUCCACCAUUGUUUAGCAGCAGGGUUCAUUUUUAUAUACGCUCUAACACCCUCCAUUUUUUUUUUUUUUAAUCUCCGCUAUUUCAACAGCAAAACCUCAUAGGGUGCAAAAAACACAAAAACGAUUGUGACGCUUUCCGUGUAUACGAGUGUACUUUAUGAUGCGAAAUGAAUGUGUAUAUAUUGUGAGAGAUUUUACAGUACAGAUGAAUCGAGUGCUCUGUUGAACACAUUAGUUAUUUUUGGGGUUGGAGGAGGUAUGUAAGAGAUUUAUCUAGAUUCUUUAAGUAAUCUACUGUCAUUUUGAGUCAAAGACUGAAUAAACCAUGAACUAACAAUG